GUGUAUGUAUGUGUGUGAUCGUGAGUGGGGCUUGAGGAGAGAGAGCGACAGACCAGAAGGAGAGUGUGCGGAGAGAGCAGAUCAUUGUUCACACACCUCUCAAGACACUAAUCUGUGUUUACAUCAGGGAAAAACAACAAGGGAACACAUUAGAGAGAGCGAGUCUACUGUUACUACUUCAGCAGGAUGUCAACUUUAAACUGCUCCUCUGAUCUAAUGGGUGAAAAAGGUACCAACCUGACGCCUGGUAUUAACAGAAACUACAGCGAUCUGGGUGGUGCAUGUUUGACGGAGGACAAAUACCUGGAAAUACAUCUGGGUCCUCCUCGAUCACCUGUGUUCUUCCCCGUCUGCCUCGUCUACCUGAUCAUCUUUUUGGUAGGCGUGGUGGGGAAUGUGCUGACGUGUACCGUCAUUGCACGCAACAAAGUGAUGUGGACACCGACAAACUACUACCUGUUCAGCCUGGCGGUGUCAGACCUGCUGGUGCUGCUGCUCGGCAUGCCACUGGAGCUGUACGAGCUAUGGCAGAACUACCCCUUUCUGCUGGGGAAGGGAGGUUGCUACUUUAAAACCUUCCUAUUUGAGACGGUAUGCUUGGCGUCCAUCCUAAACGUGACGGCGCUGAGUGUGGAGCGUUACAUUGCUGUGGUGCACCCACUGCGAGCAAAGUACGUUGUGACACGCACCCAUGCCAAACGGGUCAUCCUGACGGUGUGGGGCCUGUCGGUGCUGUGUGCCAUUCCCAACACAAGUCUGCAUGGGAUCAGCAUCGCUCACUGUCCCUUCACCUGCCCUGAGGGGAGCAUAAAUGUGGCGAUCCCCAACUCGGCAACCUGUACAGUGGUGAAACCACGCUGGAUGUACAAUCUGACCAUCCAGGUGACCACUUUGCUAUUUUUCAUUCUGCCCAUGCUCACCAUCAGUGCUCUCUACAUGCUCAUCGGGCUGCAGCUGAAGCGCGAAAAGCUGCAUCAGGCGCUGGAGGCGAAGUCUGGCAUUGGACAGGACAGCUUCUGCAGCGUCCGUACGCAGCAGCAGAAAGCGCGUCGCCGGCAGGUCACUAAAAUGUUGUUCGUUUUGGUGGUGGUUUUCGGGAUCUGCUGGGCCCCGUUCCACACUGACCGACUCAUGUGGAGUUUCAUCAGUGACUGGAGUGUCUACCAUCUGGAAAUCUUUGAGUACGUGCACAACAUCUCUGGAGUGUUUUUCUACCUCAGCUCAGCAGUCAACCCAAUCCUGUACAACCUCAUGUCCACACGCUUUAGAGAAAUGUUCAAGGAGGUCAUGUGCCAUCGGCCACAUCACAUCGCUCCCAGAAAAUACUCGCUCAGCGUCACUCGGGUGACGCUCCGCAGCACCCUGAGUGAUGCACCAGUCAGCAAUGGAACCGCUGUCGUCGAAGGCGAGGCAGAGGAUGGAGAAGUGAGGGUGAAAGAUGAGACAACUUUUUCAACUUAAGGGGUUUGUCAAGGACGUAUUGUUGGCAGGGUGGCAUGGGGUUUAGAAAGACUGUCCUGUUUUAAGUCAAUGCAUCCAUCAGCUGUCAUUAACAUCCACUUGCAACAGUUGCAUCUGUUAAAUACCUAAAAUAGUCUGAGCGGAGGAACUGCAGGGGGAAAAAAAGCACACGCUUCCGCUGAAACUGUCAGACUGCAGUGUUAGUGUUACUAUUCUGCUUUUGAAAACUUUAUCUGUAACUCAGCAAAUCACAAACUGAAGUCAAACUCCAAAUGUCUUGCAGUGGCAUGUUUCAAACAAGCCUGAGCAGACAUGAAUUCAUGGCAUUCUCAAGCCAUAGGAAAAAAGUGCAGGAAAGUAGACUUCAGUUUGCCAGCAUGAAUGGCAAUUAAUAUUCAUUGUACAAAAACCAUUUAAAUUAAAACAUAUUCUUUGUAAGUACUUUAUUCCAUUUGGGAAAAUACUCUAAAUUUAAAUGAUGAUGAUGAUACAGUCCACAAAAAUUCUGCUAUUCACAAAUUGAGACGAACCAGGAGGACUGAUGAAUACAAAAGUUGAUCCAAGCCAGAGAGAGGCUGAAAACUUAUAUUGUUGGUUGUGUACAGUAAGAAAAUGUGGAAUUCAGUGGCAGGGUCUUAACAAAAGCAUCUGUAUUUGUAUAUUAACACAGGUGAGGUACAAGCUACAGAGGCAGUGUCAAGACAUUAAAAAUGGACCAAUGUGUAUAAAAGUUAUGAUGUAUUUAAGAUGAUGGGAAAUUGAAUAUCCUGUUAUAAAUGUCUGUCAUGUAAGGGGUAAACUACACUGUAUUUAGAGUAAAUAUUCAUAUCAGAUUAUAAAUGCUAUAUAUGAUCAGAAAUUGCUCUGCUCUCAUGACAAAAAUGCUUGUCAGCCCUGUGUACUGUUUAUAAUAGUGUUUAAGUGGUAUUCUUAAGUGUGUAAUUUCUGCUAAAUAUCUAUUGCUUUUUGUGGUUAAACAGUCUAGAAAUGUGUUGUACUUUAUGCUGUUAUCCACAGGUAUAAUAAACAAUAGCAGUUUAACUGCACAUCCUUUA